UUGUGGUUGGUUGCCAUGCCUGGUUAGUUACUAAGUUCACUUUAUUUACGCUCGCCGUUAAACGUACAAAUUUUGAAGUUUUAAAACUAUAAGAUUGAAAAAUAAAAUUUGAUAAUGGAGCUAAAGACGAAGCAAAUGAAAAAUAUGUUGGGACCUAUACAGCAACAGACAAGUAAGCUGCUAACAUUGUUAAUGAGUGUUUCUACUAAUCCAUCCGAAAUUUUAGCUGUGAAGUCAACGCUUUUCGAACAGCAUCAUUCUUUAACUCAGAGAUUUAAAAACUUGACGAAUGAUGACAAUUCUGAUUGUGAAGAAGCUAAUGUAAAAAUUGCUGACGCAAAACACACUUCCCUAUUAAAGGAUAUCGAUGAGCUUAUUAAAAGUGUUAAGAGUAAUACUACUGACAAGUAUGCAGCCAAGCAGAUGACAGAAUUAUUGCUCAGUAAAUUUACGUCUGCUUUACAAGCUUUGGAAGACCUAGAAUGCUUACCGCUGAAACAAAGACUCCAGGACUGUUUGGAUUACGUCAGAGAAAUGAAUAUAGCGAAUGAGAUUGAGGAUCUUCAAAACAUAAAAGAACUUGGCACCUCGAUAUUGGAGAUAUUCGAACCAUUGCAGAAAUAUAGGAGAAGUUUGGUGUCUGUUUUCUUAUCAGAGAAGUUGGCGUUAUUUACUUCACAAUUGUGUACGUCAUUUGAAAUGCUGGUUCAACUAGCUCAGCAGCAACAUUGGUUAAAUGCGCCAAUCUAUGCCUGCAAGAAAUAUAUUUGUGAAAGAAUAUGUGCCUGUUGCGAAAAGAUUUUGGAAUUACUGAAUGGUACGAAUCCAUCGCCAGAAGAGGAAGCUUGUGAGAAACAAAAUCAUUUUGUCUACAGAAUGGACUUGGCACUAGACAUUAUAUUAGAAAUGCCAACCAAACCGCAUGAGGAACAACUAUCUGAAUGUGCAGAAUUGUGGUUGAGACUAGAAGAUGUUUUCUCCCACGCUAUGGCGAUUACUCAAGUGUGUCAGCCAUAUAAUUUCAAAGCCAUUACUGGAUCCUGCCAAUCCAUAGUAUUAGAAUACGAGAAACUAAAGCAGGAAUUACAAUUGGAAACACCAGAUUCAGCAUUAAAUAAUCUGUUUAUGCACACUUUGACCGACGCUCUUUAUCGUCUAGAACGUAAAGUUAAUAUAGCUAUAUUAACUCUCGCGAUGGAAGUAUUCAGCACUCCUUACGCAGCUCUGAAAAAGCUUGUUAUGACGUGCGGCAACUCGUUAAGUGCGAAGAGGAGAUCCAAGAAUGAUCUGAAUGGUCUUGUAGAAGAUUUUGAUCAGCUUUUUGACCAAACUGUGCAGAUUGGAAUAUACGCUAUCGCUUGUUGCAAGAACAUGAAUCGUAACAAUAAGAUCCGCAAUUGCCUCGCGGGAUUCGAAUCUUUGGAGACUGAAUUAAUAUCUGCAGUAACCUCCUUCUAUUUGCAUCCAGAUAACAAAGAAAUGCGCUCAAGUGUCAAGCUAUUGACUACGCAAUGGCAACUAGAGAUGAAUAGGUUUCAAAAUACUGUGAACCUCAUUAUAAAUUCUGCAGCCUUCUGUCACGUAGUUAUGGAUAGCCUUCAAGAGCGUAUAACGGCAAUCUCCGAUUGCCUGGACAAUAGGCAACCAGUAACACAACUUCAGAUACAAGGCAUUGUUCAGCGCGCUUCGUCUUUAUCCAGCCAAAUAACAGCAGUUGUAAAUGACAUUGGCACUGAAAAUAUUGAUCGUCAAACGAUAAUGAUGACAAGGGAAUUGAAAGCAGCUAUAUUUGAAGCCAAUGCAGCUGCCAAGACUCUCUUGGUCGAAAACGCCACGGAGCCGCAACAAUUACGGGUGAUAAAGCGGUGUGAAUUAAUAUUAAAUGUUGUCCAAAGAUUGCAACCUGCCUUAUCUACAUUAAUGAAUAGCACAAUGCUCGAAAAAUCUAGUAGAAGUCGAGAAGAUUCCAAACAUGGCUCCAUUUCAAACGUUACGAAUUUUCCGUCCGUAAUUUAUGGUUUACCACGCAAUGAAAAUAGUUUAGUCUACAUCAGAACACCGUAUACAGUAAAAGCGUAUAAACCACAGGUAUCAAUUCAACUAGCAAAUAGCACAAUUCAGAAGCCAUCAGAUUUGUCGUGUUUGUUAUCUUACAUAAAGAGUGGCCGCACAUUGCGCAGCGAGCAUUCCAUCAUGUAUAACAUGCCGCAUAAAAAUAAGAAUAAGGAUAAGGAUACGACAGAGCCACUUGUCAGAAAUGAAGCAUCCUUCAGGAAUCUGUCUAGCGUCAGACAACACCUUUUCAGUAGAAAUAAUUUUACAGCCAAUGGUAACAUCGAUAUGACUGAAGAGAGUUUGAAUUUAACAGCUGUCUUGGAGAAACUCACCUCGCCAUCUACAUCGGCAAGUUCAACAUUUUCAGCUUGUCAAUCUUUGAAAAAGCAAGACAUAUCUUCUGGACAUGCAAUUAAAGAAAUGGUCACCAACAAGGUAGAUAAGUUGUCUGGAACUGGUAGAUUAGAAACAGAAAUUUGUUUAAAUGGAUCUGCAAUGACGGAGAAGGUGGGUGAGUGCACCAUGUCAGGUGGCGGUGAUGCAUCUUUAAUCAUGGAAACGUGUCAAAAGCUCAGUAGUGUUCGACUCUCAAAUAAUAAGAUUCAAAAGUCAGCAUCAGGGCAGCAUGAAGUGUACAAAAAAAAGAGAAGAUUGAAUUCUUUUUCUAAGUGAGAUAUUAAGUUUUUAAUGCAAAUGUCCCGCAAUUUUUUUUAUUUAUGAUAAAUAGCAUUUAAGAUGUCAGUUGCAUUAGCAUGUAAUUUUGCGUGAGUUAUAACGUAUUAAAUUUAAUAUAAAAUUUAAGUUUGAAUUGUAAAUGGAAUCUAUGAAAGCUUCAUUACGUAAAGCAAUAAAAUAUAUUUUUCAGUAUCUA